CGUCUUUGCUGCUCUUUCCCCUUCUCUCUUUCACCUUGAAUACCUUCAUCUUAACUUCCAACCACCAUCAUGGAUCGCUCUAACAAGCCUGCCGCCAUCGGCGUCGGUGCCUCUCUUCCUCAACCCACCAUCUCCCUCCGCGACAACACCGUUGAAGCUACCCUCCCCACCGGCGAGUCCGUCACUGUUUAUCUCUAUGGAGCCACCGUCACCUCCUGGAAGCUCGCCAAUGGCAAGGAACAGCUCUUCGUGAGCGAGAAGGCUAACCUAGAUGGCUCCAAGCCUAUCCGGGGUGGCAUUCCCGUCGUAUUCCCGGUCUUCGGUCCUCCCCCCUCCAACCACGCUACCUCUGCCCUUCCCCAACACGGCUUCGCUCGGAACUCGAACUGGGAAUUCCUUGGCAAAUCCUCCUCCGAAGCAUUCGGCCGCGACCGGAAGGAAGGCGAAGACGCCGUGAAGUUGGACUUUGGACUGUCACAUCCUAUGCUGAGCGAAGAGUUCCAGAAGGCCUGGCCGUUUAAGUUUGGACUGGUGUAUAGCGUGACUUUGACAAAGGGGAGCUUGGAGACUUCUCUGCAGGUGCAGAACCAGGGCGAGCAAAACUUCGAUUUCCAGGUGUUGAUGCACACGUAUUUGAGCGUUGAGGACAUUACGAACGUCCGGGUCAAGAACCUCCAGCAAAAAGAAUACUUGGACAAGACACAGGGUGGUGCAGCUAUCACGGAGACCUCGGAGGCAGUAGAGAUUAACAAGGAAACGGACCGGGUGUACAAGGCAUUGGAUCCGAAGGUGCCGAUUAUCGUGUCCACGGCGUCGGAUGAUCAGCCUCUGUUCUCUAUCACACGAGAGGCGUUGACGGAUGUGGUCGUGUGGAACCCCUGGAUUGAGAAGGCCAAGGGCAUGGCGGAUUUCGGUCCUGAAGAGGCAUACAAGAACAUGCUUUGUGUCGAGGCCGGUUCCGUUGCUGGCUGGCAGACCCUAGAGGCGGGUGAAUCUUGGGAAGGUGGACAGACUAUCCGGCCCCGGUUGUAACUGGGAUAACAGGAAUAGUUUAACUUUACGUGAAUAAUCAUGCAGUGACGAUGGAUGCCAAAGUUGAGAUUGAAAUAGAAUUUUACCCUAGUA